AUGGCUAUUUCCGUCACACGCAAACUUCAGCCGGAUCUUACAGCAGAGGAAGACUUUCCCUUGCCCAGGUCUCCAGAAGAUUGGAAGCUUGUACUCGAGAAAGUCAAGAUUCUAUAUCUGAGACGUCAAUACAAGCAAUGUGCUGCGCGUUCGAACGAGCUUCUCGAGAAAUCUAGAGGAACGAUUCAUGCAGUCUACAAGACAUACAUUCAUUUCUACAUUGCCAUCUGCUACGAGGAACUCGGCCGCGCCGCGCACAACUACUCUAGGAACAAGCUGCAAUUCCUUAAUCUCGCGUUGGAUAACCUGACGGCUUGCAGCUUGUCUUUGCCCAACGUCAUUACCGUGCCAGAUAUGGAAGACUCGAGUCCUUUUGCUGUUGAAGAUUAUGGCACGUCUCCAUCUGAUAUCUCAACCAUCGAGAGUAUCUGGAGCAGCAGCAUGCAGUAUGAUCGAGAAGAAACACCAAUCGAGUCAUCGAUUCUUUCAGAAGAUGAUCCAUUCAUAUCUCCUGACAGCAAUCUCAUGAAGGGACUCAGACCGUUGAAGUUCAAGUUGUCUCCUAGAGAUAUGGAAAUGGCCGACCUGAUGCCUGCACCACUUCGGAUCAGAAAGCGCUCUCCUCAGAUAUCCUCUGCUGGCGAUACCACAUAUGACGUGGAGCCUCUCAAGGGGCUUUCUCUUCCCGAGACUCCAACUAAAGGCCGCCCUCUGCCACCUCUUCCUUUGAAAAUAGAACCGGCCAGACGUGUCUUCCCAAUCUCCCUCAAAAAGAGCCUGGACACGUUUUCUAGUGAACAACCUUCCCCUAUUAGUCCACCCCGUGCGGAAGCCAUAAGCCGCUACAAUGACCAUAUCCGCUCCUUCAGCGCGCAACUGAAUGGUACAAUUGCGGAUAUCUCGCGUCUUAUUGCAUCCGUCACCGAAGUGCAACGACUUCAUCAAGCCUCUAAAAUCAAACGCAGCUCAUCCUUCUGGAGUUUCACGCCUGUUGGCUCACCAUCCCUUUCUCCUCGUCAAGCUCGCGGUCUAGAGGAGACGAAACAGCAACGAAUUGCCCGUUUGCGCUCUGAAGGGUGGACUACAGUCGGCUUGAAAUCUGAAAAUUGCGGGUGGAAGGGACGAGACUAUUAUCGUGACCUCUGCUCGGAAGUUUUGGAUGAGCUUUAUGAGCUCAAGUAGGCGGAUAUGAUCCUCAUGAUAUGAUAAAGUGUGGCGUUCUCUACUCUGAUUGUCGAUUUCCUUUCAAUUCGUUUCGAUCCAGCAUCCCCCCGUCUCUCUCCCUGUUUUUCUGAAUGUUUCAGCUUGUUAUUUUCUCCAU